AUGCUGUGUCCCCGUUCAAUUGACAAGCUGCUUGGAAACUGCUCUACCAUUAUAUCCUUCGAAACAGGAGUUGCACACACACACACACACCUACUGACGCAACGAUCACCUGGCGAACUUCCACGCCCAGGCGAUGACACCAUUGGCAUCUUUGCUUGUGGCUUGCUCCUGCUGCAUGUCAUACUGUACGAUUACGGUGAUGGGUCGUCAGCAUCGGUUUGGUCCUGUCAGCAGGAGCUGUUCCUACCUGGUGGACCCAUAGCCCUCAACGCAUCGGUGCUGUCCGCCAUGAUACUGGCAUCUAGGCUGCGGACGCCUCUUGAGGUCUUCGCUUUCAUGAGCUUCGCCAUGGAGGUCUUUGCAUUGCCGCAUUUUUGUGGUCGAUCGACGGCCUGUGUACUGCCGUUGUUGUUCGCGGUUGCCAUCGCACUGGAUUUCAAGUCGGGGGUUUCUCUAGUGCUGGCGGGGAUCCUCAUCGGAUUUGUGGGUCCUGUUCUAUUCCUGUCUGCGCAAAACCUCAAGACGGAGAUUCAGGGCCCCUGGGACAUUGCCCACGUGCUGCCGGAGCCACUUGAAGGAACGUCUGACGGCGACCUAGGUCAUAUGCGGCUCGGCAACUCCGCUGCAGCAUGUCUGGCGAGGCAGAGCGGGAGUUACCAAAGCAGUCCCAGGUAUGUCGUGCCAACUCUUCUUCCUGGGAUGAAUGCUGUAGCCGAGGAGCGCCCAGAGAACCCUGUGGAGUGGUUGGCAUACUACUUGCUCAAGAACAACACGAUGGGGAAAAAACCAUCCGAAGAGAAGAAGGCAGAUGAUGCGGCACCCGAGCAAUGA